AGGGGGAUCGCUGUCAUGGCGGCCAAGGUGGUGAUGGUCGCCGUCCCGACGGUGAUGGGCAUAGCCUCCAUCCGCGUGUACACCGUGAGCGACGUGCCCGCCGAUGGACUGGUCACUCGGGAAAAGCUGAACAUCUACAGCCCGCUGCCGCCGUCCGCUCAGGCCCGGUUUGUUCCAGAGAGGCCGGGUGUUAUUCAGACUGGGUUAACGACAGCGAGAGACAUACGACCAGUGGUCCAGGCUGUUACGGGUGCCUACGUCGCUGUGAGAACGAGAAGCGUGAAUGUAUACUACGCCGGAGAAGAUGUGUACUAUUACCUAAGGGACCCUCCCCCGGAGUUUCUACCCAGAUUUGGCACCGUCACCAUGGCCGGCGUGCUUGGCAUGUUCUUGACACGGAGAGGCUCCCGCCUCAAGAAGCUGGCCGUUCCCCUGGGUCUGAUGGCGGCGGGGGCUUCGGUGUGCUACCCGGCUCCCAUGGUGGCCCUGCUGAAGGUGACGGGGAAGAAGGCGUACGCUGCCGGCCGGUGGAGCAGCGCCGCCGUGUCGUCACUGCUCAGCUCCAAGCAGCCGGACAUCAAGCACAUCGCUGCUUCACCACCACAGACGGCCGCGCUGGCCUCGGAGGCCUCGGAGCCCCGGACGGAGGUUGAAUCGGCCGAGCCGGAUGAGUCCGUGGUCGUAAGGGAGGAGGCGGAGUCAAAGAUUCACCCCGACCAGACCCCAACGGAGGCCAACGCAGAGACCGAGGCCGUCGGAACCGCUGGAGAAAUAAGUGCAUCUGUGGGAAGUGAAGAGCCCUCAGACACUCGACACGCAGCAGAGGAAGUCAGCCCGGCUGAGCCCACGCCGAGCCUCGGACCAGAGGCCUUCGAGGCUUCUCCGGUGGAGGUCGUCCCGGUGGAGGUCGCUCCAGUGGAGGUUGUCUCAGUGGAGGUCGCUCCAGUGGAGGUUGUCUCAGUGGAGGUCGCCCCAGUGGAGGUCGUCCCGGUGGAGGUCGUCCCGGUGGAGGUCGUCCCGGUGGAGGUCGUCCCAGUGGAGGUCGAGGAGGUCGUCCCAGUGGAGGAACCACCAGCUUCCAAUGAGCCGACAGGGCCAGAUGUUGAACCUGCUGUCCAACCCGAGUUCACCGACCCGCCACACGCUGCUGCGCUGGAGGAGACGCUCACGCCUCCGCCGGCAGGCGGCAAAGGGGGCUCUGGCUUCAAGCAGGAUCCCUCUCUGAUGGACUUUGGCCAGUCCAACCCUGAAGAUGAAGACCUGUACAGCACGCACGGCUGAGGCCACGCCUCCACCUCAGAACCACACAGUAUCACCACGCAGUGUAAAUGGGAGUCGGGGAAGUCUUUCAUCAACGUUUCCAUCCUCAUUUCUGCGGCCCACAUAAUUUUUAUUUCCACAGAAAAGGUCCAAGCUGUGCAGCAGCGACUCACUUCCUCAUUUGAGUCAGUUUGAGUAGAAGCAAAGAUCACGCCCACGACUGUUUACGAGUCUUCUCAUCCACAGAUGGCAGAUUUGUCUCUCGCUACGUGUCAUUAAACAAUUAUUGCUGCGUCAUGAGUGCACGGUGCUGGUGUUCACUGUAUUUAUCCCACUGCGUUGGUACGCUGACAACAAUGCACCUGGAUCGGUAAUGAUUACAAAGAUGGACUAAUGCGGUUCAAGUGUAUGACAUAAAGAAUUGUCCAGUUUAGAACCAAAAAUAAAUAUAUUUUCGUGA